UGUGGGAGUUUAGAAGCGUUUGCGUUUUUUUUUUUUUGAAAGACUCAUCUCUCUGACAGCUAGUGCAGACUGCAAAGCACAUCUGAAUGUCAAAAUCGAUACUAAUCCUAUUCCUUCAGCUCUCUACGAUUCACUAUCAAGUAUCAGCACAAUCCAAAAGGGCGUGUACAGCUAAUGAGUUCAUCUGUACCGACGGCCAGUGUGUAUCAUCCCAAAAGAGAUGCGAUGGAAACUUGGAUUGCCAUGACCGUUCUGACGAAAAUUGUUGUGAUCAAAACAGUAAUUCUGGCAAAGAAUUUGUCCUCGGAUUUAUGGCAAACUACCAGUCAAAAGCAAAUCUCUACCUUUUCCUGACAUCACCCAAGUCUCUCAAUUAUACUGUGGUGGCACCAACAAACGGUUUCUCACAGUCAGGAUAUCUGUUGGCCAACACUCUUGUCUCUGUACAACUUCCUACAUCAUUGCUUAUGCCUUAUGGCAUCAGUGACCGAGGAAUAUUAGUUAGGUCGACAGAAGAUAUGACUGUGUAUGGUCUCAACCAAGAAAAAUACUCAACUGAUGCUUUCUUAGCUCUUCCUACAUACAUACAAGGUCUACAAUAUGUUGUGCCCUCAUACACUCAAAAAUCAGCAUCAUACCAAAGCCUGAUUGGUAUAGUAGGCAUUCACAACAAUACACAAGUCACAAUUGUAUUAGCUUCCUCUGCCAGUGAUGGCACUAAGUCCCAUAAUGCUGGUGCUAAUGUCACUUACACAAUAAAUUGGAUGGAAACAUUGCAACUUCAAGGAUAUGACCUGACGGGAAGUCGUGUUUAUUCAGACAAGACGGUUGCAGUGUUUGGAGGACAUGAAUGUGUAAAUAUACCUGUAGGCACUCACUACUGUGAUCAUCUGGUAGAGCAGGUCCCUCCAAUUACAACACUUGGUAAACAUUUUGCCACAGUACCAUUAGCAACACGAGCAGCAGGAGAUAGAUUUCGUGCAAUAGCAUCAAAAGAUGGCACCGACGUUACAAUUAAUGGGCAGUUGCAGGCAUCCAAUUUGCAAGCAGGACAAUUCCACGAAUUCACGGCUUCUUCUACCACUUUUCUGUCAAUUGAAGCCGCUCAACCAAUACUACUAAUGCAGUACUCACAAGGCUCAACUGUUGACAGUACAAAGUCUGACCCAUUCAUGUUGAUGAUCCCUCCAGUUGAACAAUACAGAUCAAGAUAUAUCAUCAGUACACCACCAGAUCGGCCAGCACCAUUCAGUAACUACUUGGCGAUCAUUGUAACGGAUGACAAAAAGGAUGGACUGAGACUUGAUGAUCAACCAUUACCUUCUUCUGUCGUGUGGAACAAUAUUCCUGGUCAGACACUUGCAGGAGCUAAUGUACCAAUAUCGAUAGGAUCGCACACCAUCCAUCAUGUGGAUAAGAGCAACUUUGGACUGAGUAUCUAUGGUUUUGAAGACGACGAUUCAUAUGGAUAUCCUGGAGGACUGCAACUGAAGGCACAGUGUGUUGUACAAACGCCUGAUCAGAUUACAGAUAUAGACGAGUGUGCUCUAAAUAAUGGUCGAGGUCCCUGCCAAUACGCGUGCACUAACACAUUUGGAUCAUUCCAGUGUUCUUGCCAACAAGGUUACUUCUUACAAGCUGAUCGAGUUUCAUGUCGUAAAUCUGCUCAGCAGUGUCUCUGUUCAAGCGAGGGCAACGGCAUAUGCAUAAGCGGUGGGUUUUGUGAAUGUCGAGUAGGAUGGGGUGGUCUAACAUGCUCAGAUCCACAAUGUCAUCUUGUCAAUCAUUGCUCUGGCAAAGGAAAGUGCAUUGCACCCAACAAAUGUCAAUGCAACAAGGGUUGGACAGGUUUUGGAUGUGCUGUCAGUACUUGUCCACAGUUUACCACGUGUUCUGCCUGUUCUGAGGUAUCCCACUGUGGUUGGUGCGAUUCACAACAGAAAUGCAUGACAGGAACAGGAUUUGGACCAUCAGACAAAGACACUUUCUGCCCCGAAUGGUUCUUCUACAGAUGCAUAACCGUGAAUGAUCUUUCGAUUGAUGGAAAUACCAUCAUCUCAACAAACACUUUCUCUUCCCAAAUACAAACAAUCAACUGUGACGACAGCUGUAUUGUCUCCACUGCAGUACACCGAGGUAACAGCAUUUCAACUCCUGGAAGUCAAGUGUUUUGUGAGCGUCGUAAAAGAGCCUGUAGGCGGUUGUCCCACUGCUAUGAAGAACAACCAGAUUUAGCAUGUGCUUUAAAAAACAAUGCCAUUUGUCGUGUCCACUCUGAGAUACAAUGUCCAGGUGGUCAACCAUCAAACAGAUGGUUUAUUGGCUCAACAAAUCAACCAUCUAUAAUAGCAGGAGGUGACUACGAUAAUCUUGCUCCGAAACAAGACGACAUCGCAAAAACAAAAAUAGACUUCAAGUUUCACGUCUACUGUGCCACCCUCCAAAACCUAUCUGAAUGGAACGACUACGGCUGUUUCUGUGAUUCAUCUAAGACGGCAGACUUGGUAAUAGACAGACAACCAGUUGAUGAAACAGACAAGUGCUGUAAGGAACAUGAAAAAUGUUAUUCUGCUGCUCCAUCCAGUUGUGACUGUCACAAAGUACAAUCGUUUGCAUACAAUGCAGGAUGUAACGACUGGAAGUUAGAUAAAGGAUUCUGUGAAGAUGUGUUUCUCACCAGUCAAAAUAAUGAAUGCAAACGUUACUGUUGCCAGUGUGAUUUCACUGGGGCUGAAUGUCUUGCACACGGAAGAAACACAAAGGUAGACAAACUGUGGCACAAUUGGUUAGAUCCAACAAAAAGCCAAUGCAACCAGAAAUGUGGAAAAGUGACAGGAUGUGACUGCAAACCAGAAUGUUCUGGCAAUGGAUUUAUUGAAAGUGUGGGACGUGACUCAUUCUGUUUUUGCUUUCCUGGAUGGCAAGGACAAUGCUGUGACCAGCCUGACUGUUCAUGCCAUAAUUCUAACUAUCGAGACUGUUCAGGAAAUGGUGUCUGUAGAGCAGCAAUAGCAGACAAUAAUCCAUCCUGCACUUGCAGCCAAGGCUGGAGAGGACCUUGCUGUGACAGUAGAAUACCUGUGAGAAGGUCUGGUGACCCACAUCUAUCUACAGCUGAUGGACUUGAAUUUGAUUAUUUUGGCAUUGGAGAGUUCUGGGACUGCAGAAGCAAGGAGAAUGACUUUGGUGUACAGUUGAGGUUCUUUGGCUAUAAAACAACAUCCUUCACAGGUGCAGUCGCUAUCAAGACAGGAAACAUAACAACAACUAUCUACACACUCAACAAUUCUACUGGACAAACCUCUUUGCCCAAACUGAGGAUAAAUGGAACUCUACUGAAAGACAACUGGGCUGAUUAUCCCACAGUUCACACUAUUGAUUCAGAUUAUGUAAGACUUUAUGUACAACCAACAAGAGCUAACGGUUCUGUGGUGCAGUAUCUCUUCCAAUUCAAUUCUGGUGCCACAUAUACAGUAGAUGUUCGAUACAGCAGC